AAUUCAAAUUGGUAAUAAUCCGUCUAUAAAAUCUGAACGCAACCAUCAAACAAACUCCUUUUACGCCCCCCACCUUCCAAUUCCUCUGAGUUUUCUUGGCGAGUUGGAAUCUUGCCGGAAAAUGGAACAAGCAGAAGGAAUUGGAAUCAAAAUCUACGAUGCGGCUCCGCAGGAGACACCCUCACGCCCCUCAUCUCCGCAGUUGGUCCCAGAGACAGGCCGGCGAAAGCGAGCAGUGGCGAAGGGAGUGCAGAAGACCCUGUCCAAGACCUCAAUGCUUGUCAACUUCCUCCCUACAGGGACCCUUCUCACUUUCGAAAUGCUUCUGCCAUCAGUCUCCGGUGACGGCCAGUGCUCUCCGGUAAACACCAUGAUGAUUGAGGUCCUAAUGGGCCUCUGUGUCCUCUCAUGUUUCUUCUUCCAUUUUACAGACAGUUUCAGAGGGCCGGACGGGAAGGUCUACUACGGGUUUGUGACCCCAAGUGGAUUAUCGCUGUUCAAGUCAGGACUGGGUGUGGAGGUCCCCAAGGACGACCGAUUCAAGGUUGGGUUUACAGACUUCGUGCAUGCGAUCAUGUCUGUGAUGGUUUUCGUGGCCAUUGCCUUCUCUGAUCAUCGGGUGACGGAUUGUCUGUUCCGGGGACAUGUGAAGGAGAUGGAUGAGGUGAUGGAGAGUUUCCCUCUAAUGGUGGGUGUGAUAUGCAGUAGCCUGUUUCUGGUCUUCCCAAACACUCGCUAUGGCAUAGGGUGCAUGGCAGCCUGAACCCUUUUGGAUGUCUGUCUGUCAUCUCUGUGAGACUACUGACUGUGUUUGUAGAGCUGUAAUUGCACCACACUUGGGCUAGUGUUAGGAAGAUCUUCUCAUUGAUUUCUUGGGUCAAUGAUGUUUUUGUUUUGUUUGUCUGAUUAAUAAAUCUGCUGCUGCAAUUUCUUUUC